AUGGAUAAGUUGGCGAUGAGAUACUUAAAGAUGUCAAUUCGCGGAAUACAGAUGGAUGCUCCCGAGAUGAUGGCAUUGAUCAUUAGUUGGAUCGAAAACGGAAUCCCAAUAGAAGCUCGUCUCCAACUUCAAGACAUUUUUAUGGGGCGUCCAAAUCACCGAUUCCAAUUACAGUCGAUGGUUCCUAACGUGAUACGCCUCAAUGUGACUCAUCUCAAUUUGGAGAGAUCCAUAGAAGAAAGCGGUGACUGGAAUAUGAUGUCUUACGACAUCCUUCCAAAGGUCGUGUUUAUCGAAGUUAUGCGAACAACUGUAAUUGAUGAACAUGCAACAAAGAUUCAUGAUAAAUUCGAGUUCCCAUUCCACAUUCACAUGGAUAACUUUCUAGAAGAUGCUUCCGAGGACAGCCAACAGACGCUUCACAAGUACAACCUCCAUGCUAUCAUUGUUCACCUAGGUGAGGAUGGGAAAGGCCAUUUUAUGACUUAUCGUUCGAUUAGGAAUAAUUGUGACGUAGAAGGGCUGGCAACUCAAUGGGUGAAAUUGGAUGACGCGAUUUCAACAAUCAUUCAAAGGGACCAGAUUGCUUCGCAAUCUUUUGGAAGUGGAUCGAACGAGGAUUCAUCUGCGGUGCUACUAAUGUUCCUUCAAGAUUAUCCAGAAAGUGAGCCCAAGAGUUAUACGAGAUCCAGUCCAGCAGUUGGAUCUACUUCACAUGCCAACGUUUGCAACUACAAUUUGAAUGAAGGCACGUUGAAUGUGGAAUCGGCGUCAGCCAUCGAGUCGAAUGCAAAUGUAGCUAUGGACUUGAUUUGAUUGCUGAAGCCUCUCCUUCUACAAGCGAUGUGCCCAAUGAUGAGGAAUCAGUUGUUCGGCGAUCAACAAGGAUUGCCAACAAAAAGGUCACACUGCCAACAGUCUCGUGGAAACCCAAGGACUUGUCGAGCAAGAAGAAGAGAAAAGCAGCAGCUAGAGAUGGACAGGCUUUUAUCAAAUACCUUUCACAAGUUUCCGAAGGUGUCACAGAACCUCGGAAGAUGAGAUGUGUCUAUGACGACUACAAAAGAUUAAUUGGAAACCCGAUGACUUGGAAAGCGAUCGAAGCUCACCAGCGGCCACAUCUGUUCGGCAGCAUUAUUUCUUCAGCGCAUUUGAGCCUUGAGAAGAAAGUUAGGCUACUCUAUGCAGCAAGCGUUCCCAUCGAUGAAUUUUUUCUGAAAACGUUGCAAAGCUCUGCAAAAGUUCGUGUGGACAACUAUUGCAGAAUUGUCGAAUACGAGUCCAAGACGUUGACGUUACAAGGGAGCCACUACAAUGGUCAUUUCGCUGAGAAUUGGAAAAGUUAAAGUCCAACAUUCUACCUUCUGCUUCUCCAACUCCAACUCAAGUGCUUGUGGUUCCACCGUCCCAUUUGUCCCAUCGAUCAGUAAGAAGUAUUGAACAGCCAAGCCAAAAUGUUGCGCGAGAGGUCAAAUCGAAUGCCCGGAUAGUUUCGAUGAAAAGGAAAGACAUCGUGAACACGAAAAAUAUUACAAGCACUUGCUGGAAAGCAUUGAAGAUCAAGGUUCUGAAACUCCUUGGAUCUGGAGACAGUGGCGACGUGUAUGCAGUGACUUGGAUGGGAACGGAAUACACUCUCAAGCUUGCUAAAAGUUGCAAAGCUCUGCAAAAGUUCGUGUGGACAACUAUUGCAGAAUUGUCGAAUACGAGUCCAAGACGUUGACGUUACAAGGGAAGAACGAGGGUGCUCCAUAUUCCGAAAAAGCAAUCACAUCGGACCAACAAGCCCUGUCCGUCGUCGCCCAAAUCCUCCUUUCACUCAAUCUGGCAAAAAAGAAAAUGGUUUCUGGCACGAGGAUCUUCAUAAAGGAAACAUUUUACUUGCGGUCACCGAUAAGGAUUUUAUCAAAUAUCGAGUCGAUAAGAAGCUUAUCAAACUGCGUACUAAUGGACUCAUGGUUGUGUUUAUCGACCGAAAUGUGUAACUUUACCGGAAACAUCACUGACUUCAUGUUCUUACCGGGUUUUGUGAUAGAUUUGAUCGAUCAUCUGAAAACAGAGAGAGCUUAAAAGAUAAUGAAGGAGCUCUCAAAAAAGUUAUUCGAGGCGAAAACAAUCGAAGAAUUUUGGAAUUAUCAGGACUUGUUGGAAAGUGUUAUUGUAAUGUGA